AAAUACCUGGUCCCUGGAGCAUCGGUCCCUCCCUGGCCCCUAAGACUAAAACCCUUGCGACUUGUGAAAGAAAAUACCAUUUUCUUCCUUUCUGGACGCCAUGUCCUCUCUCUAAUUCGCCUUUGGGCUCCUCUAACGAAAAACUUCGCCUUUGCUCUCUCUCUCUCUCAACUCCUUUCCCAUCCCUCCACCCAAACUUUAGGCUUUAGAUCAAUCGCAAUGGAAGAUCUGAAGGUGGCCUUAAAUAAUCACGCGGAUCUCGUAUCCGAGCUCUUUGAGAAGCUCUCCGCUGAACUCCGCUCCGGAUUCCGCCCGGCGGUCGACAACUUCAUCGGCUUCUUCCACGCCAUCGAUUGGAAGGAACCUUGGUUGAUAUGCUUAUUACUGUUCCACCUUUCUUUGCUGCUGAUAACUGUCAUCUUGAGGAAGAAUGUCAACUUCCAACUCUGCCUAUCCAUGCUAGCAUUUACUGGCGUAUAUCUUGCUGAGAGGAUAAAUAGUUUUCUGGGAAAACACUGGAAGAGCUUUGCAGGCCAGAAUUACUUUGAUCCUCAUGGUCUUUUUAUUUCAGUCCUCUGGUCUGGUCCACUUCUUUUGGUAACUAUGGUAAUUGUGGUGAAUACUCUCUUCACAUUGUGUCAUCUUAUUGUGAAGUGGAAAAAGGCAGAACUCAGACAUCGGGCUCGGCUUGCUCGUGACAAGCAGGAAUGAUCAGCCUCUCUCUGCCUUUUAUUGUUACAGUGCCUUUUUUUGUGAGAUGAAAAUAGGCACACUUGUGUCAUUUAACACCUGAUUUUAUUCAGAUUUAGUGCUUAGCAAUUUAGAUCUUUUGGAUCAUUUGUCAUCGGGAGUUUUAGGGAGGGCAGAUUUGAAAUCUACUAGAGGUGGAUAGGUGUUCCACGAAUAUGACCAGGAUUUACAGCCAGAAACAAAAAGAACAAGUUUGUUUGAUAUGAUGCUGGGACCAAGACAUCUUGCCUGAUCAUCUUAUUCGGUUGUUGUAAAACUGUAUGUUUGAUGUGCUCAGAGUGAUGAUUUCAAACUGUAGAUUCAGACUUUGAAUGAUUAAGGAAUUUUGGUUAGUUCUUGACU